UCAACACCCCAACCAAAACCAAUGGCUGAAGCAGCACCUGCUUCACUAUCUCAAAUCUCAAUCUCCAAACCCUAGAAAAAUUAAACCACCCCUUUUCUGUUUUUCUAACUUUCCCACAUUUUCUCUCACUUUUCCUUUCAAAAACUCUCUCUUUCCGCUCAUUCGCUGCGAUUGGAUCUCUGGGUUUUUUUUUUUUUUUUUCAAACCACCUACUUUCAUAAUUCCAUUCAUCUUCUAGAGACUUCCCUUUUAUUCACCUUCUGUGAUUUCGAUCUGAAACUUAAGGUCUAUUCGUUCCGUUAAUUUGCAAAAAGUUAGGUUUUUUUUUUUCAAGUAAAAAAAAAAACUGUGUUGGAGAAUUGGGAAUUAAUGUUGAAGUGAUUGGGGUGAAGUAAGAGAGUUGAAUUAGUGCUGGCAAUGCCAUUGGUGUGGUUAGUGGGAAAUUUUUCGGUGGUUUUUGAGAUACCGAAAAAGCAUAAUGUCUUGGGCAGGUCCUGAGGAUAUCUACCUUUCUACUUCACUUGCCAGUUAUCUUGACAAGAAACUUCUUGUGUUGCUGAGAGAUGGUAGAAAGCUCAUGGGCACACUUCGCUCUUUUGAUCAAUUUGCUAAUGCUGUUCUUGAGGGUGCCUGUGAAAGGGUUAUUGUUGGUGAACUGUAUUGUGACAUACCUUUGGGUCUCUAUGUAAUCCGUGGGGAGAAUGUAGUUCUAAUUGGUGAGCUGGACUUGGAGAGGGAGGAACUUCCCCCACAUAUGACACGUGUUUCUACAACGGAAAUCAAGAGGGCACAGAAAGCAGAAAGGGAUGCUUCAGAUCUGAAAGGGACUAUGAGGAAAAGAAUGGAAUUCCUUGACUUGGACUAGUCUUGCUCUCCACCCUCUUCAUCCUUCCUCUCUGUCCGCAAAUAUUAUAGCGGCUGUUCUUCUGUUAUUUUAUUUUGUAUUCUAUGCUUAGUGUUGCCUUUGCUCAUUGUUACAUUUCAUGGUCAUUGGAGCUAUGAACAUUGUUGAAAUUUCUUGUGUAAUAUUUGACCCAGGAAUGAAUAUUACUAUUCCUUUCUUUUAAAAAAAAAAAU